AGGGCGAACCCAAACCGACGAUUCGGUGGACCAAGGAUGGCAUGCCCCUGGAUUCCCAACGCUACAACAUCUCCGAAAACGGUGUCCACCUGCGACUGUCUUCAGCCGAGGACAACGAUGCCGGACGCUUUGCCUGCAUUGCCAGCAGUCCCUACGGCGAAAUUAUGCGCAACUUUGACGUCAAGGUCACCUACCCACCCCGACUCGAUGGAGACGGUCAGAGGCAGUACAGUCUUGAAAGAACAGUUGGAAGCAGUGCGAUCCUCGAAUGUCUCGUUACCGGUAACCCCACGCCGAAAAUCGAAUGGUACAAGGAUGGCCAAUUACUGGAUCCCCUACCCUAUCGUUACCGAUUUUUCAACCAAAAACGGGAACUGGAAAUUCUGUCAAUUCAACCUACUGACGCCGGGCGUUACAGAUGUUUUGCAUCGAAUGAAAUUGGCUCCUUGGAGGUUAGCAUCGAUAUGACCGUCGGAGCUCCGCCGCGGAUUGACCGUGGUCGCCUACGCAGCGAGUACGUCAUUCGUGAGGGUGACGAGCUGGUGCUGCCCUGCCCAGCCACCGGAUCACCAACACCCCGACUGGAGUUCACUCGCAGCGAGCUGAGCCCUGACUCGAACAAGGAUCGACAGUCACUGACCAUUUUCAGGGUCACCAAAGGCGAUGCUGGAACCUACCAGUGCAAUGCCAGCAAUGAAAUUGGUUGGGACACCAUGAAGUACACCGUACGAGUCCGCGGUAAGUUGACACCAAUGUCAUCUAUUUACGUAAGUUGGUGA